AGCGAGUAAGCGAUUCUCUACCGUCCUCUUCUUAGGUCCUUGUAAUAUUAAACGAAUUGAAUUUGAAACAAUAAUUACCUCAAAUCUAAUUCGCAUUAACAUGGCAAAUCGACCUAUACAGAAGGCGGCCAGCAGUCAGCCACAUUUCCUGCAGUUCAACAACCUCGCAUGUGAAACAGCUGGAGGAAAGGUGAUUUUUGCCACAGAUGAGUGGUUUGCCCCUGCCAGAAAUCUAUUGAAGCGAGACCCUCCAGAAUUCAUAGCCUCAGCGUUUACUGAAUAUGGGAAAUGGAUGGAUGGCUGGGAAACCCGGAGGAAAAGAAUUCCAGGUCACGACUGGUGCAUUGUACAGUUAGGAGUUCCAGGAGUUAUUCAUGGCUUUGAUGUGGACACAUCAUUCUUCACGGGGAACUAUGGCCCAUACGUCUCCAUUCAAGUGGCCUGUCUGGAUCAGAUUCCAUUGUUCACUCUUGAAGGAGAUCGUACAGGCAUGGCAGCUUCCCCAAGCCAGUUUGAAGCUGUGGCAAAGCUGAAUUCAGACAGCUGGAAGGAGAUUGUCCCGAUGACAGAGAUGAAGCCGGGUUACUCUGAAUCAUGCCACAACUACCUGAGUGUCACCUAUCCACACAGAGUUACCCAUAUCCGCCUCAACAUAUAUCCAGAUGGCGGCAUUGCCAGGCUGAAAGUCUAUGGCAUUGGGAAGAAGGACUGGUCCACUGUGCCUGGCCAAGACCUAGUGGAUCUUGUUGCCCUGGUUAAUGGAGGCGUAUGCGUAGGCUACAGCGAUGCCCACUACGGUCACCCACGCAAUAUGAUUGCCCUAGGGAGAGGUGACAACAUGGGUGACGGGUGGGAGACAGCCAGACGCCUGGAUCGGCCCAAGAUUUUAAGGGUGGACGAGAAAGGCAUAUUGCAGGUACCAGGCUGUGAGUGGGCUAUUCUCAGACUAGGACAUCCUGGCAUCAUAAGCAAAAUUGAGCUAGACACCAACCACUUUAAAGGGAAUUUUCCAGACUCCUGCAAGAUCGAGGCCUGCAGUUUGACCCCAGAUGAGGAGAACAAUUUAAUUCUUAACCAGUGGCGCUCUGACAAAAGCCCCAAGUGGAGAAUCCUCCUUCCUCCUCAAAAAAUUAAGCCAGCGGUCCAUAGCAGGACAAAUUGUGUCGGCAUAGUUGAUAAGGAUUCUGCAGGAGUCAAGUGCUAUCAGGUCAGGCCUUCUGUGCCCCAGCCAUAUAAAAUACAGUCUGUGGACUGUGGACCUCAUUCAUGCAGAAGAAAUGUCAUUGUGCAUGCAACCAUUCCAAUGCAAAUUGUUGCAUUAAAUUGAAUACAAACGGUUCACAUUCUGCUUGUGUUUCAUGAAUGAGGUCCAAUGUGCUGGACACAUAUAUUCAUUGAAUCGGAGUGAGAAAAGAUGCCACUAUUUUUACAAAACAAUAAACUACAGUAAAUUCAUAUUUAAAGAUUGCAGCAUGGAAUGACAAAACCCAAAACAAAAUAAGCAAAAUUAAAAACCCAAAUAUGAUUAUGCAUAUAGUUCUAGAUGUCCUUGAACAGGCUGAGCAUGUGGAGACGUAGACAGCACCAGACAUCUCUCAUUUCUCUGGAGUCAAACAGGCUGCAUUGUGAUUAAUUACAGUAUAUUAUGCUCACUCAUGCAGACACAUGAACACACUCGCUCACACACACUCGGGGCCCUUUGCCGCGGAGGAAGAGAAGUGUUUGUUGGGCUGAGCUUAAAUGACAGAGGGGGCUGAACUGCACACUCAGCACUUUGCUUUGAGAAAAGGUCAAUGUGAAAUAUCUGAUGUGUCUUUAUUAGUAUGAAAUAUUUCAGCUUGGUUUUUCCACGCUGAAUAUUGUUGAAAAAAUAAAUAUUUGCUUGUGCUCA